AUGGUAAAUAUUGUGGAGGAUAUUUCAGAAUCUACCCCAAUAGUUUUAGAAAUUGGAGAACAUUCAGGUAAAGAUAUGGAAAUUACCAACUUGCAGAAUCCUGUAUUGAUCGACUCUUCCCAAGCAAAGGAGUUUCCAUAUGUGGAGAGGCCAGUUGCAGACGAUGGGGAAACUCUUGUCGAGAAUCCCAAGGAGCUUCUUGAAUCGACAGAGUUCAUGGGUGGUGGGGUCUCCUUAGAUGAUGGGGUAGGUUUAAUGUGCAACAAGGAGCCCUUGGAUAAAGGAUUUUACUCAGAUAAUGACACUAACUAUCAUGUUCAUCUGGAUACACAUGAUUCAGAUUCUAACCAAAGCAUACAGGAACAGUCUCAAGCUUAUGUUCAACCACAUUCUGAUCAAGGCGUAGGAGAGCAUCAUGAUGAUAUUCAGAGAUAUGUAGCCACAUAUUCAG